AUUGAAUUUUUAUACGUUAUAACGCGCUAUGCUUAUAUAACUCAAUAAAUAAUAUUGCUCCUCCUUUUCUAAGGAUGAGAAAAAGAGAGAAGCAAUUCAAGAAUAAAUAAUUUGAUAUCGAUUUUUUUCCCCAAGGUAAUUUCUUUUAAUGAAACUAUAGAAUCGAUUUUUAACAUGGUUUUCCUUAAAAAAAUAAGAAAUUUUUUGUACAGGUCUCCCAACAAGUUACUUAGAGAUUUUUGUCCAUUUGGGCCCAUUAUUAACAAAGUAAUCUAACACCAACAUAUCCUCUUCAUAAGUCCAUGGCUCUCUGUUAAUUGAUUAGUCAAGCUUAUUUAUAUAACGAUCACGAGCUUAUUUUCCUGUUAUAUUACCAAG